UUGGUAACGGGUUACAAAGCAGGACUGUUAGAAGAUAUCGGGUGGGACAUUGAUGGUGAAGUAUAUCGACAUGGCAACGGCUACAAUCGAAGAAAACAAAGAACUUUCAGAGGCAUUUGACGUUAUUCAAGAAUAUCCAAGGAACCGCUGCGAGGAAAACGACGAGAUCGUACAGGGAUUAACAGCUUUAUUUGAAAAUUUCAACAAGGAUCCGAAAGGAACACCCGAGAUUAUUCUUAAAUCGGUCACUUUGGCACGAGUGUUUAGUUUCCCUAAGAUUAGUGCUAUGAUUGCUCGAUCUCUACUCGUGGUUUUUCGACAUGUCUGGAAAACUUACUCGGAUUUCUACAGUGUCCCUGAGCAUGCCACACUUAGCAGUAACCUGAAGGCAAAUGCCUUUGGCUUCCUGUGUAAUCUAAAGGACUCUUUAAAUUGUCUGAUUUCGCUCAACGGAAACAACUCUGAUCCAAAACGGAUAUCAACUGCAUGUUCCGAAGUUCCACCAUGUGGCACGGGAAACGAAUUUUAUGCUGAAGUGCAGUCUGAAUUUCAGGAGUUGAAAAAACAGAAAAACAAAGAAAAAAGUGAAGAAACUGAAGCACGAUAUCAAGCAAUAGUUGAUCUCCUUGACUUGCACUGCAAUCUUACAGUUUUGAAGGAAUUCGUUUUUCUUUAUGUAGUCAUUCUAUGCAUUGCAAAUGGAAAUUCGCAGAAUACUGCCGAGGGUUAUUUUGAGGUAAUUGAAGGUCAACGAAAAGACAGGGAAACAACCUUGAAUAUCCUUUUUGAACCAGAAGCUGAAUUCGCUGGUGUUUCAGCUGUUUUUAUGAACGGCGAUUGGCCCAUGCUUCAAAUGCAUACUGAAAAAAGACUUUCGUGUCUGCACAAAUACUUUAACAGCUUAGCUGGGAAGAAGGUAAAAAUAGUUUCUUCUGAGGACGAUACAUUUGCAAUGUUUCGACAUCCAUCAGAAAAGACCGUACCGUUUACACAGAAGAAAUAUAUCCGCAUAUUCAACGACAAACACAGCAAAUUUAUAAUGGAAAAAGAAUUCGCAUUGAACAAAACUUACUUUGUGAUCCGCCUGGAUGCUGAAAGAGAACUUACUUUAAAGAUCAACGACAGUUCGAAAGGAAAUCUGAUAACUGACAAACGACUGCCGAGUGCUAGCGGCCAGUUCAACCUCGUGCGCUUGGCGAAUGGCAACAUAAUGAUUUCAUGCAUGAAACAUCCUACACGUUUUGUCACCAUGACUAGUGCAAAAGACGGCGACCGUCUUGAAGCAAAGAACAUCGGAGCUGGAUUAAACAGUCAGUGGCAUAUUGUCAAUUGCAAAGUUUAUCUCGACACUUAA